CUGCGUGGCUGUUGAGUACCGGUUCCAAUUUAACACCCGCCGUGUUAAAUUGGAACCGCUCUUAACUUGUACACUCUCUUUGGAUAAAGUCAGCCAACAUGGCGACCGUUUGAAAGAAAGGGGUUAAAUGUUUGUAGUGCCAACCAAAAUGAGGCUGCACCGUUGCUGCUUUGGGCUCCGACGAACCUAUUUGUUUUGGGCAAUUCUGCUUAUCCUCCUGGUUGGUGCAGUCUUGACAGCUCUGCUGCCACCUGCUGAGGACCAAAGAGGUGUUGGUGUCUUGGAGGUGCUACGAAGGGCAACACCGCAAAAGCAGAAUCCCGCACAGGUUCACCAUGCUGACAGCUCGGAGGAGGAGGAGAAGUUUACCAUCAUCAUCCAGACUUACAACCGCACAGACGUUUUGCUCAAACUCCUAAACCAUUACCAGGGAGUACCUCAUCUUCAGAGAAUUAUCAUAGUAUGGAACAACAUUGGAGAGCAGACACCUGCAAAGCUGUGGAGCUCCUUGGGGCCUCAUCCGGUACAGGUAGUCUUCAAGGAGCAGACCAGCAACCGAAUGCGCAACAGACUACAACCAUUCCCUGAAAUUGAUACUGAUGCUGUUCUGAUGCUGGAUGAUGACACUCUGAUCAGUGUCCCUGACAUCAGUUUUGCUUUUUCUGUAUGGAAGCAAUUUCCAGACCAGAUUGUUGGGUUUGUACCGAGGAAACAUGUCUCAACGGCAGCAGGAGUGUACAGCUAUGGCAGCUUUGAGCUGCAGGAUCCAGAAACAGCAGGAGGUGACAAAUACUCCAUGGUGUUAAUUGGUGCUGCCUUCUUCCACCGCCGCUAUUUGCAGCUCUUUCAGGACCAGCCUCAAGCAGUGCAUGCUUUAGUGGAUGAAACGCAGAACUGUGACGAUAUUGCCAUGAACUUUGCCGUAGCUCUGUAUUUAAGAAAACAGUCAAAGUUGGGUAAAAUGAACAAAGCCUCUGGGGUCUUUAUCAAACCCGUGGACCUCCGCAACCUGGAAAAGGAGGCCAGCAGUGGAUACCAGGGGAUGUGGCAUCGUCCCGAACACCUUCUCCAGAGGUCCUACUGCCUGAACAGGUUGACGCAGAUCUAUGGCUUUAUGCCUCUUUCCUUCUCCAACCUGAUGGUCUCCCAGUUUGGCUUCCCCAGUUAUGCAAACCACAAAAGCAGGGGCUGAGGAAGUGCUGCAUUACUGAUUGCUUUGGAUAAAAAGAAGACGAGAUAUAGCGUUCUGCGUGACAGUGAUGGACGUCUGAUUUUGGACAGCGAGGAUUGUUAGAAGAAUUUGCUGCACACGCCCUUGUCUGAUGAGACAUCCAUAUUUGAUAAGCUAAUCUGUAUAGUUUACCAGGAACUUAAUUGGUGCUGCCUU